AUGCAGGGAAUCAUGAACAAAGAGCUCGACCAUGUCAAGACCGUCUGUCUUUCCAAGGUCGUCAAUGCCGAUUCCGCGGUUAUCCUCAUGAACGCGUACUAUGUGUGUCGUCCCGACGAGCGUCCCGCGAUUAAACGCGUGGAAAUCCCGCCGCAGCAGCGCUAUCUGCAGUAUUUGCUCGGCGAGAAGCUGGAGAAAGCGCAGAAACAGCGCGAUCUGGACGGGAUCGUGUCGCGUCUGAUGGAAUUCAACAUCUACGACACGACGACGCUGCUGCUGAUCGUGCAUGAAUUGCUCGCCGUGCCGAUUCGGUCCUCUCUGCUGGUGCAGAACGUGACGAUUCUCGCGGCCAAGCUGGCGUACAACGUGCCCAGGCUGGGCUGCAUGCUGAUCGACCAGAUCUACGAGCGGAUUUUCUGCUUUUUGGACGCGAUGGCGCGCGAGCGAAUCCAGGAAAUCACGAGUUUACUCGAUUUGGUGGGCAUGAUGUUCGAAUACAGCCUCUUCUCCGAAGACCAAAUCGUCAAUCUGCUCUAUCUCUUCAUCGAGUACGGACACAUCGCCACGCCUGACAUGCGGAAACGUCUUUCCUUCCUCCCUUCGCGUCCCUUCGUCGCUCAUCCGCUCGUUCCCUUCCUCCACGACCCUCCGCAAAACGUUUUUAGGCUUCGCCUUGCCGUGCAGCUCGCUUCGCAGUGCGCGCCCUUCCUCGAUGAAACCGUCUUUGACGACUAUUUAGUGUACCUGCAACACUAUUUCCUCUGUAAAGUCGACGUGGAUAUCGAAACCAUCAACGAGUACCAAACGCUUCUCGCCAAUUUCUGCAUCAACCCGCCGUUUAAGUCGUAUAUGGAGGCGGAGAACGCCGUCGCCGCGCUCGAAGUGAAGGCGGGAAAUGGCGCUUCCCGCCCUUUUUUGCAUUCGUCGAUUUAUGUGCUGGAUAAGAACGAGGACACGGAGGAGAGCGAGAAGGCGGAGCAGAUCGAGGAGUCGCUCUUUGCGGCCGAGUCGACGAAGCAAGUCGACGAGACGGAGUUAAUGCUCGAGAAAAAGUAUAAUGAGCGGAUGAAGGUGGGGCAGACGCAGAUCACGAACCACCGUGUGAAUCUGGAUAACAUGGUGAUUCCGAUGGAUUUGCAGGGAGCGGCGCGCUCGCAGAACAAGGCUCGAUUCUUUGUCAAGGGAAAGAAUGGCGUUGCGGUGGCAGAAAUUGAGCCGAGGCUGACGGAGGAACAACUGGAAAAGCAGCGGCUGCAACGGUUGCAGCAGAGUCGAGAAACGCGACGAUUAAAGAGAAAGACGAUCUUGUUGAAUGAGGCGCAGGAUAUUGAGUUGGAUGAUUCUGUUUUGCCGAACACGAAUGAUCGCGUUGCUACAAGCGUUGCCUCGAGGUGGUAA